AUGGGUCAGCAGUGGCAGCCCUACCUCUACGAUGCGCCUUCCGAGCGGGAUUCGUUCAAUCCCAAGGCCGUCACCAUUGCGAGCCGCCUACCGCCCCAACCACCCAAGAAGAAGACCGAGGGCCCGCUCAUCAACUUCAACAGGCACCCCGACAGCUAUGUGGUGCUUCCCUACGGCAACACCGAUGCGAAGCCUAUGAAUCCGAAGGUCAAGGUCAUCGUCAGCGUUGUGAGAUGGAUCCAAUUUGCCUUCCGCAUACUGACCCUACUGGGCGCAAUUGGCGCGCUGCUCUGCGGCAUCUUCAUCAAGGGAGCGCAGGACACUGAAGGCUGGAUCAUGAGAAUACCACCCGGUGUGGACAUUGUCAUAUGUCUCUAUGCCAUCUACCAUCUUUUGCGCAAUGCAAAGUCGCGACCAGCCGGGAGCUCCGCAAGCUACCACUUCUUCGCCCUCGUCAUGGACUGUGGUCUCAUACCCUUAUAUGUCUUCACCGCAUUGCUAUCGAAGCGAAACUUGAACGAGGAAGCAGGGACGGAAGGACGCUGGCGAACUUUCUUCCCAACUGACGAAGAAACGGACAAGGUCCUGCUUACCGUUUGGCUUACUACCACGACAGUAGCGGCGCUGCAUCUUGCAGCCAUUGUCCUGGACCUGUACCUGGUCUACAUCUUCCGUAAGAUCGCGCGUCUCCCUCCGGACAUGAACCCGUUGGAAGAGAACUUAACCUCUCGCCGCAAGACUAAACACAAGCAUAAGAACUCUUCGAUUUCAGCCAUCAUGCCAUUGACGCAAGAAGACAAGCGUUUCAGCGCGCAAACGACUACUACAUUGAAUACGGACCAUAGGAAUUCCCAGGUUGCGCCUCUUAUCAGCGAGAAAGAAAUACCGAGCCCCGAUCGCAACCAAAUGUCUUUCAUGCACACUCGCAGGGACUCGGAGAUGACGUACUCACCACAUACACCCAACUCAGCCAGGCAGUCACGCGAUAGAUUCACCAUGUAUGCACAAGCCAACUCGGCUCGACAGUCACGCGCAGAUAUCAACCAUCGGGAUGACCUUCUUCGCAGGGACGAGAACGACAGUGAGAGCCUAGCGGAGCGGAAGGCAUACCUCGCCCAACAAGCCAUCAAGAGGAGCUCUCGCCCCAACUCUUUCAUCACUUCGUCGUCAAAGCAAGACUUUUACACGCCGCCGUCAACUGCUAAGUCUGCCAAGCAGCAGGAAGCGUCAGGCGACAUCGCUAUGCAGGACUCUCGUGAAACAUUACAGUCUGACAAUUGGUUCGUUCAUGAUGAGCAGGACCUAAAUGAGAAAGAGCAGUAUCCAGAGCCCAAAGCAUCUUUGUUCAAGCCCAAAAAUCACGGCUAUGGUGUGGUAUCGCCAUAUGAUGACCUCUCCGACGACGAAGAUUAUCGAUCUCCCAUGGUGCCCCAGCCACUUCGCAUGAAUCCGCCCACACCACCGCCAGCCAAGAACUUCCAAGACGCCGUGCCCAAAAGCACACCUCCCCCGUCUCCCUUGAAGCGCACUAUGACAGUGACCUCCGUCUCAACAGAGGCCACCUUCAACCGCUCUGGCACGGUCAAAUCGGCAAAGUCGAGGUAUUACGGUGAUCUCAAGGCGGCAACCCAGGGCAUUCGAGGAGACUCCCCAGCCAACUCGCCGCAACCUUCCCCAACGAAAAGCACCCAUGGAACAUAUGCCCUGCCAAGCGCUGCAAAACAAUACACCACUAACUCCCCGAGCGCCCCUAAGAUGGAUAACGUACCCUUUACCUUAGACAAGAAGUCCUUUGCAAGCCUCAGGAAGACAGGCGAGGCCAACUACACGCCAGUCACGGCCCAGUCGCCGCGGGUGGUGAGCAGGUCCGGCGUGGACUACAUGAGCCCAUACGAUACGGAUCUAUCGGACCUAGGCACGGCGGGGCGGCGACGUGAAGUGUCUGGUAAGCUGGCGGAGGAAGGGCGCGGGGGAGUUGCAGACCUCGCGGCGCGUUGGGGGGGCAUGGGAAUGAAAGACCAUGGACUUACAUACCGUAAGGUUAGCGGUGUCGCGUGA